UAGAAUCAUCUGAAAAAUAUUUUCUGUCCUGAACGCUUAUAAAUAGAAAUCAUCAAUAUGGCAAUCCGAUCCGUUGUUGUGCUCAGUGUCGUGGUCGUCCUAGUCCAAGGAUCCCAUAUAUUACCAUUGGAUUCGGAAUCCUCCAUUGAAGCUCACUCGGCCGGAAGUGUUUCUUCACAAGGUGCAGUUAGUUUUCCCGAAACAAGGCCAGCUCCAGGAUCCCAGCCCCAAUCACCAGCAUCUCGUCCGGCUCCUCGUCCUGUAGGAGCACCUCGUCCCGUGGGCGCACCUCGUCCUGCUGUCGCCCCUCGUCGCCUGGCUGGAUCCAAACCGCGUACUUCAGUUGUGUCCAGCGGUGGACGUUCCAUUGGCGGAGGAUCAGCUCAUGCUCAGAAUCGCAAUCGCAUCCAGAAACCCUACUAAACCGAACGAAAAAUCUGUCUCUGAUAAAAAGCAUAUUGUUCAAUAUAACAAACAUUUUGUUCUCAAAUAUAUAAAAACUAAAACAAUUUGUAAAUUUUUUAAGUUUUCGCAUAAAGGGAGAUUUGGUUUAUCAAAUGCAGAAAUGUUGUAUAGAUCACUCAUUAUGUUCUUAAUAAAUUUUACUUAUUGCUCAAAAUAAAUAA